AGAGUGUCUUAAAGAAGAAGAUAGUACAUUUAGAAGAAUUAAAGAACAAUAAUCAACAUGCAGCUGGUGACUUUGUCGAUACAUCACACGACGCUGAGAUUGCACAGCUCAAAACAAAUCUUGAGGAAGUUACAAAGAAUUACCAAAUUAGUGAAGGCCUUAAGGAUGUUUUACAGAAACAAAUUCAAUCACUUCACGAGCAAAUCGCUGAAAUGAAGGUUGACUUAGAUCUAAAAUCAUCCGCGGACCUGGCAAGUGAAGAAUGUCUUAAGAAUGAAUGUAAUUAUUUACAAACUCGUAUAAAUGAACUCGAAAAUGAGUCUGAGGCUAAAACAAAGGACAUAGUAAGCUUACAAGACAAAAUGAAGACACUUGAAGCAUCACGAAAUGAAGAAUUGACAAUGAUUGAGAAUCAAAUGAAGGAACGAGUCGCAAACUUGACAUCGAAUGAGGAGUCCUUAAUUCAAAAGAUAUCCGAAAAGGACACGGAAAUUGCUCAACUCAAAGACGAUAUUGCAAGACUGACAAGUUCAGAUAUUGGUGCUCAAGAGAUUAUUAAGACUAAAGAUAAUGAGAUUCAAAAAUUAAUUGAGAAAUUAAAUUUCCAAGAAGGACAAAUUAAUGAACUAAAGUCUGACUUAGUGACGAAGAAUGAUGAAGUAUCGAAUAGAGAAAAAGAAAUUGAGGGUCUUGAAAAGUCAUUUGAGUCACUCAAAUCCAAUGUUGAACAAUCAAGCAACAAAUGUGAGCAGCAUGUUAAGGAAAUCGAGGAAAAAUCAGCUUUAAUAUUAGAACUUACUAAACAAAUUGAAGCACAGAACCACAGCAUUGAAUCCUUGAAAUCUAACAUUGAAAAUCUUAAGAAAUCUAUUGAUACAUCACAGGAACUGGUCUUAAUAUCUCAAGCAUCAGAAAAGACUUUAACAUCCACAGUUUCUGACUUGUCCGAGUCUAAAGUAAAACUCGAAAAUGAUCUCACUGCCAAAGACAUUGAAUUGCAAGAACGCGAUGAAUCCAUCCAAAAAUUAACAAAGGAAUUGGAUGAAAUCAGGAACAAUUUGACUGGUUUGAGCUCUGAAGCAGAAAGUAGAAUGAAUUUCAUUCAAGAAAAAGACUCGAUCAUUGAUAAAUUAACAAAAGACUUCAAUGAGUUGAACACACGUAGUCAAACUGAAAUCAAUCAGCUUGAAGAAUUGAAGAAGACACUCGAAAUUAAGCUUGAAGAAAAUGCUAAAUCAGCUAACGAUAAUGUCACUAAGAUCAAUGAAAAUCAUGCAUCAGAAGUUGCUAAACUUUCAGCCUGCAUUGAAGAACUAAAGAAGCUUGGCAAAGAGAAGGACGCUCGAAUUGAGGUUAUGGAAAAGAAUUCUGGACUAUUGGAUGAGACCAAGCAGAAAUUGGAAAAGAAUUUGACAGAAUUGGAGGUUAAGUUUUUGGAAUCAUCUACCAAAUUGACUAAAGUAGAACGAGAAGAUAGUGAAAAGGCAUCACAACUUGAAAAGCUCCAAACUGCAUUCAAUGAUACUCAAAAGAAACUCCAAGAAGCUGAAUUAACAGUCAGAAAGCUUCAAGAUGAUAAGAAUGCUGCUGAUGUUGACAAUAAAGAUCUGAAUAGGAAGCUCGGUGCUCAAGAAGAGAAAGUAGCUCAGUUGAACGAACAAAAGCUUAAAUUAGAGAAGGAACUUGAAAAGUCAAAAAGCUCAUCGCUUGAUACCAGCAGUGAAUUGAAGAAUAUGAGUGAUGAAUUAAAGGAAAAUCAUGCUGCUUUCGAAGCUUACAGAAAUGAAGCUGAUAAGAAGAACCUUGAGCUUCAAAAGACAAUUGAUCGAUUAGAGAACCAACGAGAUCAGGCUAAUACAAGCAAUGUAAAAUUGAAGAAUGAAUUGGCAAUCUUGAAUCAACAGAAAAUCGAGAAUGAGAAUCAACUUAAUCAAGAUUUGCACAGCAUUAAGGCAACGAACCAAGAAAAAACGUCAGAUCUUCAAAAAGAAAUUACCAGCAUGAAAGGAAUAUUUGAGAAUGAGAAGGCUCAGUUAAAACGUGAAAGGCUAGAAGCUAUUGAAGCGUCUGAAAAAUUAAAGAAUGAGCUAGAGGCAAAGAUCAAUGGUCUUAAGGAAACACUUGAGGAAACACAAAAGAAUUUAGAACAAUCCAAACUUUCAAUUAAGCAAUCAGAAUCACGUCUUGGUGGUGCAAUUGAUGAACUUAAAGGCAAAGAAGCUGAACUUGCCGAAGAAUUAGCAAAGGAAAGAGAAUCAAGUGACGUGCUUAAAGCGAAGUUUGAAGAACUCGAAGCAUCAAAGACAAUCCUUAAGAAUGAAUAUGAACAAAAAUUGUAUCUUGAGAAGACGAGAAUUACUCAUUUGGAAGGCGAUUUGCAGGCACAGAAAGAAUUAUUCACUGCUUCAACAGCUGGACAAGCUGAAAAGAUCAAGUUCCUCGAUGAAAUUCAGCAGAAGAAUAUUCAGUAUGAACAAAAGCUCCUAGAUAUGAGCAAUCAAAUCCAAAAUGAGAUUUCAUCAAAAAAGAAGCUUGAAGAAAGCAUUGAAGACUUGAAUAGGAAGCUACAGGAAGUCCAAGAAGAGCAAGUCGAUUUAGUUACUCGCAAGGAAGAGUACAAAGACAAAGCAGCACAGCUUGAAGAACAGAUUUGUGAAUUACGACAGAGACGCACUAGUUUAGAUGAAAAAUUGAAGCUAGAAAAGAAAGAAUCUGAGAUCUUAAAAACCGAAUCAGACACAAAGAUAUUUGACAUGCAGGAAAGACUCAAUGAACUUAAUCAAGCAAUUGCUAAAAAGGACUUUGAGAAAGAAGAAGUGAUCAAACGGUUGCAGCAACGUGAGGGUGACAUUAAAAUCCUCAAUGAGCAAAUAAAGGAAGAGAAGGACAAACUUUUGGACGAGAUUGACGGUAUUUUAAGACAAGUUAAGUCGAAGGACGAUGAAAUAACAAAAAUGGCUAACGAGUGUGCAUCCAAGGACGAGUUGCUUGCUGAUUUGAGAAAUAACAUAGAAAAUCUUAAAUCGUGCCUUAAUACAGUGAACAUGGAAAAGUCAUCAAGCACCAAUAUUAUUGAAGAUCUUAAUAAUGCUAUAUCAGCACGUGACUUUACUGUUAGUGAAUUAAAUCUAAAGCUCAAGACUUAUGAAGCUAGUUUGGCUGACAAAGAAGAUCAGCUCAAGAAUGUCUACAGCAUUAAGACUAAAAUUGAAAGUGAGAGUAAAAUGAAGAUUGACGACCUUAUGGAACAGAUUGAAAUCAUCGAAGAUGUAAAGCAUAAAGAAGUUGGUGAAAUGUCAGACAAGCUGUCUCAAAUUGAGAGUCAAAUGAAUGUAUACCGAACUGAGUCAGUCAUGUCCAAGGACAAUGAUAAGAUCCAACAAGAGCUCUUAAUAAGAAUCAAAGAUUUAGAGAUGAAUGAAACAGAGUAUCAAAUUGAGAUUAAGUCAUUAAAAAGGCAGCUAGAAGAGACUCAAAAUGAUACAAGUGCUCCAGUUCCAAAAGUCGAGGGUGCUGCUGGUGAUCAAGAUUUAAUUGAGCAUAUCGAAUUCCUGAACUCAAUCAUUGCUGACAUGCACAAAAAGAAUUUAAAGCUUUCCAAACAAAUUGAUACUUUUGGAUCUGGAACUAGCAAAUCAGCACAUACGUCACUUUCUGGCAACGACUUGGAUCUCACAUUUCUCGAGAAGAAGAAGCCACCACCACGCAUGUACUGUGACAUUUGUGAGGAAUUUGAUCAGCAUGAAACUGAAGAUUGUCCAACACAAUGCUCACAUAUUGAUCUUGACGCUCCGGUAGUGCGAAAGGAUGAAAAGCAAAGAAAAUUGCCACCACCAAGAAAGUAUUGUGACUUAUGUGAAAUAUUUGAUGCUCAUGAGACAGAGGAAUGUCCAAAUAAUGACGAAACUUUUUAGACAAAAUUAACUAUUGAAUAUUUUGAGAACCUGAAGAACCAAAAGAGGUAGAGAAUUUUUCAUGAAUUAUUUAUGUUUUGAAUUGCCCAUUUUCCCUAUCAUACAAUAAAAUUAUUGUUACCAAUAUUAAUCGUGGCUG